UUUCUCGGCUCCGCUCUCCUCGCUCGGGAGGACAUCCCAGUGACUUUUGCGUGGCCGCGUUACAGUCCCACUCCGACUAAACCCCACAGUCCCGAAGUGUACUGCUGCUGCUGCUGCUGCACGGCGCGAAGGAGAAGAAGCGCGUUUGGAGGUCCCGGCAUUUGGCGUCUUUACGCAAACACCCGCACUCCUCCUCCAGAGGGAAACGAGCGCGAGCGGGGAGCAGUUUUUUUUUUUUUUUUUUUUUUUACCUGUUGAUGAGGUCCCACGGGUGGCAGAGGAGCAGGCGCAUAAAGUGGGGGGAAAACUCGCUCCAGUAGCGGAGCGCAGGAAGCGAGUGAAGGAUCUGGGAUUUUUUUUUUCUCUCUCUCUCCCUUUUCCUCCCCUGCAGAAACAGCCUUUGCUGUGUUGGAGGAAAAAUGGGCUCUCCGACCUCCUGGAGCUGUGGACUUAUGGUGUCUUUGAUACUCACAUGUCAGCUCGUUUCUGUGACUCAGGCCUCCAAGGUGUGGGGAGACCUUACGCUUCCGGAGGAUUUGGAGUCCGAAAAAGAUGUCCAGACAUCUCCGAGUUUACUGGAUGAUGAUGAGGACUUUGCAGCGGAUGAAGCUUCGGGAGAACGACCCAGCGGAGAGGAGGACGGCAGCACCCCAGAGCUUGAUACCACAACCAUUAUCCGAGAGUUGGAGUCUUGGUAUCUGGGACACAUACAGAGCCCAAAUGAGCCGGACUACAUUUUUUACCGCGCUCUUGUCAACUUCACCGACUCCGUGACGUACAGCCCUGCACUUGAGGACAUCCUUUCUCCCGAGUUUCAGGAGAUUUCGGAGGCAGUUGUAGACACGCUACAAUCGGAGUAUGACAAGAUUCCUGGUAUCCAGGCGGUCACUGUGGUCCUCAUUAAAAAAAUGAUAAGAGAGUCUGGAGUUGAUGUCUUUGUGGAGCUUGACGUGGGCACUGUAAACAACAACAAUGAAAACCAGAUCCGCAACGUCCUCUACAACGUGGUGAAGGAGGGAACCAUUGCUUCCUACGUUACGUCAGUCCAGGGUUUUCAAUUCAGACAGCUCGGGAAAGUUGAAAUUCUGCCUUCAGUGGACCCUAUAGCAGUACCAGUAACGACCGUUACAAGGCAAUGCAUGGCCGACGAGUUCAGGUGUGGCGAUGGAACGUGCAUCCUCAUGGAGUACGUGUGUGACAACAGACCCGACUGCAGAGACCUGAGUGAUGAGAACAAUUGUGAUAUGAUGAAGUCCACCCCCCUGGUCUUCACGACCCCUGCUGCGGUCACUCCCUCUCCAAUUGGCCCCCGGCCCCCUGUCCCACCUGUUCGAUGCAGAGCAGAUCAAGCCAAAUGCCAGAGCGGGGAGUGUAUUUCUCGAAUCUUUCUCUGUGACGGACAGCGGGACUGCCAGGACGGAAGUGAUGAACUGGAAUGUGGCACCCCGUCGCCCUGUGAGCCCAAUGAAUUCAAGUGUAGGAACGGCCGCUGUGCCCUGAAGCUGUGGCGUUGUGACGGAGACAACGACUGCGAGGAUAACUCCGAUGAGAUCGACUGCCCCACCAAGGCUCCCAACGACAGAUGCAAUCCUGAGCAGUUUGAGUGCCGGAGUGAUGGCGCUUGCAUCCCGGCUAGUUACCAGUGUGAUGAGGAGCCAGACUGUUCCGACCGCUCCGAUGAGUUCGGCUGCACCCCGCCUUCUGUGGUGAGCCCGCCAGAGGAGUCCAUUGAGGCGGCGCGGGGGUCCACUGUGACGUUCACCUGUCAGGCUGUUGGCGUUCCAACACCCAUCAUCAACUGGAGGCUCAACUGGGGGCAUAUCCCCGACAGCAGCAGGUUUAUCAUGACCAGGGAGAACGGCCGCGGCACCCUUACCAUUCGCGACGUGAGAGAGGAGGACCAGGGGGCGUACACCUGCGAGGCCAUCAACGCCAAAGGCCUGGUGUUUGGGAUCCCGGAUGGAGUUUUGACUCUCAUAUCAAAUCCGAACCCAGGAAAUUGUCCUGAUGGUCACUUCAGCGUGGAUAACCGCUGCAUCUCCUGCUUCUGCGCUGGACUCUCGACGAACUGCAAGAGAACCGGACGCUACCGCAAUCAGAUCAGCCUGCGCUUCACAGAGGAAGAGAAUUUCAAAGGAGUAAAUGUCACCUACCCCUUCAGGCCAGACACUCCCCCGCUCUCCUCCACUCAGCUCCUCAUUAACCCCGAGAUGCAGGAGUUCCAGCUUGUUGACUUAUCUCGCCGGUUCAUUAACCUGGAAUCCUACUGGACCUUACCUCGCCAGUUCCUUGGAAACAAAAUCGAUUCAUACGGAGGAUCCCUGAAAUACAAGGUGCGGUACACACUUGCCCGCGGGCAGUCUGAGCCGGUGACGAGAUCGGACGUGGUCCUGGUAGGGAACGGACGCAGGCUGGUGUACCGCCGAGGCAACGGCACCCCUCCCAACGCGGUCAACCAGAAAGAGAUCAUUUUCACUGAAGACCGCUGGCAGCACGCCACCGGCCUCCCCGUCAGCCGCGAGGACCUGAUGAUGACGCUGGCCAACUUGGAGAGCAUCGGGAUCCGCACCAUCUAUGACAACCACAUGGUCAGCGUGGCGCUCAGCGACGUCAUCAUGGAUACCACCACUGUGGAGUUCAGCACUCUUGGGCAUGCAAAGAAUGUUGAAGAAUGCAGAUGUCCUCCUGGAUAUACGGGCCUGUCUUGUGAAUUGUGUUCCUCUGGUUUCGAGCGCGUCCCUGGUGGUCCCUACCUCGGUACCUGUGCCGGCUGUAACUGUAACGGACACGCAACAGCCUGCGACCCAAUCAGUGGGCACUGUCUGAGUUGCCAACACAACACAGAGGGCCCCCAGUGUGGCAGGUGUCGCUCGGGCUACUUUGGCGAUCCGACCCGAGGUCGCCCUGACGACUGCAAGCCCUGCCCGUGCCCGUACACCGAAACGUCCCGGCGGUUUUCCGACACCUGCUUCCUGAACAUUGACCAGCAGCCCACAUGCGACGCCUGCAGGCCCGGAUACACAGGAAGACGCUGUGAAAAGUGUGCUCCUGGUUACCAGGGUAACCCCCUGCAGCCUAAUGGAAAAUGCGUUCCAAGCGAAAGCUCCAGUUGUGAUAACAGAGGAACCACCAGCUCCAGCAGCAGGCCAUGCAGCUGCAAGAACAACGUGGCAGGCGAUCUGUGCGACGAGUGCAAGGCGGGGUUCUUCCACCUAUCAGAGGCCAACCCUGACGGCUGUUUACGCUGUUUCUGCAUGGGGGUGUCCUCACAGUGUGCCAGCUCCUCUUGGAGUAGAGAUCAGGUGCGAGGAGGGGUGAACGGGCAGCUCUUCACCCUCUCAAACAGCGCCAACACCAAAACGAUCUCCGAAGGCAUCUUCCAGAGGGGCUCCUCUGUCGUCUACCGCCCCUUCUCAAGUGGCUCCAACGACGUCUACUUUUGGGUCUUGCCUGAGAGCUUCAGGGGAGAUAAGGUGACGGCCUACGGCGGGGAGCUCAGCUACACGGUGAGCUUCGAGCCGUAUCAGCGCGCGCUGGUGGUCGACGGACAGCCUGACGUGGUUCUCCAGGGCAACGACAUCUUCCUGGAGCACUACUCUCAGACCAAGCCCCUCCCACGAGUGCCACAGACCGUCACCGUGACGUUCAGAGAGUCCUCGUGGCGCCGCGCCGACGGGCAGCCAUGCACCCGGGAGCACCUGCUGAUGGCCCUCGCUGAUGUUUCCCUGUUCAUGAUCAGGGCCAGCUAUGUCGACAGCAUCGCUGAGACCAGCAUCUCAGACAUCAAGAUGGACAUCGCUGUCCCUCAGCUAACGGGUAAGGAACGAGCCCUGGAGGUGGAGGAGUGCGCCUGCCCCUUAGGAUACAGAGGAGCGUCCUGCCAGGAGUGUGAUGUGGGUUACACGCGGACCACCUCUGGUCUCUACCUUGGCACGUGCGAGCGGUGCGACUGCAAUGGCCACGCCAGCAGCUGUGACCCAGAGACUGGCAAGUGUCUGCAAUGUCUUCAUAACACUGCAGGAGAUAGAUGUGAGAGGUGCGUGUCUGGAUUCUACGGAGACCCUGUGAGGGGUGGCUUGGAGGCCUGUCAGCCCUGUCCAUGCCCUGGAAUCUCUUCCAGCACUCAAUUCUCCUCAACCUGCUACCUGGGCCCUGAUGGCGAGCCAGUCUGUGACAGCUGUCCUCCUGGAUUCACAGGCCGGCGCUGCGAAAGAUGUUCUCCAGGGUACAAUGGCAACCCGCUGCGAGGGGAGGCAUGUACACUUGGCAAUGAAGUCAAUGGCCACUGUAACAGCUGCGACCGGACAGGUACCGAGGGCUGCUACGAUCGUGUGUGCCAGUGCAAGAUGAACGUUGCGGGUCCGUCUUGCUCCACCUGUAAGCCCGGAACCUUCCAUCUGAGCGAAGCAAACAAAGAUGGCUGCUUGUCCUGUUUCUGCAUGGGCGUCACUCAGCAGUGCACCAGCUCUACGUACUACAGGGAUCUGGUCUCCUCUGUCUUCACGCCGAGAAACUUCCAGGGAUUCGCUCUGGUGAACCGCCAGCGAACCAGUCGUGUUUCUACCGGUUUUACUGUGGAGAUUUCCACUGAAGGCACGCAGCUGUCCUACAGCAACUUUAACUACCUGGGACAGGAGCCUCACUACUGGCAGCUUCCAGAUGUUUACCAAGGAGACAAGAAAGAUUCUUACUUUCCUCGUGUCAAACGAGCAGAUCAGAGUGACUCGUACUUGCCAGAGGAGCAGCUAAGGAAGGAUGCUUCUGUUUGGACCCUAAUGGCUGCCGAUCGCAAAGCCAAGCACAGAUCCAAAAGAGACAGCCAGAAUGAUGCCCAAAACCUGGACGAUGAAGUCUGGGCACUUCUGUCUAACUUCUCCAACGGACGAGCUGGUGUCCCUCCAUUUCUCCCCUCUUCUAAAUCCUCCUCAUUUUCCUCCUCCCGGGUCCCGACCUCCUCCUCCUCUCAAUGGUCUUUGCAUAACCUGAGCCCCCCCUCCCCUGCAUCCGGUGUUUCUUCCUCUGUUAGACCAACCCGGCCUCAGUCUUACUCUCCAGGCCACGCGCCUCGUCUGCAGAGCAAGAACACUUUGAGCAAGACCGCUGGUGCUUCUGGAGGCAGCAGCAAGUACGCUCUGGUCUACAAAGGUUUCAGCCUGCAUCAGGACGAUGUGCUCUACUGGACGCUCCCUGGGCAGUUCACAGGGGAGAAGGUGGGUUCUUAUGGUGGCAAACUUAAAUACACCAUAACCUACGUGGCUGGUUCGAGAGGAACAGAACUUGAAGACGCUGACGUUCAGAUCAUUGGUAAUGACAUCACCCUGGUAGCUCGUCAGGCCUGGCAGAGGAGGCAGCAGGGCGGCAGAGAAAGAAAACAGUUUGAGAUAAUCUUUAGAGAGAAAAACUGGCGUAGACCUGACGGGAUGCCUGCCACCAGAGAGCAUCUGAUGAUGGUUCUGGCUGAUCUGGAUGACAUCCUGAUCCGGGCCUCCUACUCCACUGAAAUGCUUUCAUCCAGCAUCUCUGACGUCAGUAUGGAAGUGGCUGUGCCCAACUACAGCGGCUUGGCACAGGCACUCGAGGUGGAGCAGUGCCGCUGCCCACCUGGCUACCAAGGACUCUCCUGCCAGGAUUGUGCACCUGGAUACACCCGCACCGGAGGAGGCUUAUACCUGGGUCACUGUGAGCCCUGUGACUGCAAUGGCCACUCAGACGCCUGCCACCCGGAGACUGGCAUCUGCACGAACUGCCUGCACAACACACAGGGGGAGGUCUGCGACCAGUGUGCUCCCGGCUUCUUUGGCGACCCCACUGCUGGCACCCCAGAGGAUUGCCAGCGAUGCGGCUGCCCUCACACAGACCCAGACAACCAGUUCUCCCCUACCUGUGAGAGCCUCGGUGGUGGAGACUACCAGUGCACUUCCUGCCAGCCUGGCUAUACUGGCCAGUACUGUGAACGUUGUGAUACAGGAUAUGUUGGCAACCCACAGGAGAGAGAAAGGUGUCGUCCAAAUGACGCAGCAGCCCACCUGGAGGUGAAAGUUUUUCCAGAGAGGUUUGUGGCGACACAGGGGAGCUCCGUCAUGCUGCGCUGUCAGGUCUCUGGGUCUCCUCCGCACCACUUCUACUGGUCCAGACAGGAUGGACAGCCCAUCUCCAGCAGAGCCGAGAGACGCAGACAAGGGGCAGAGCUGCACUUCUCUAGCGUCCAGCCAAGCGACGCUGGCAUCUACAUCUGCACCUGCCGAGACCUGCGCAGCUCCAACCGGAGCCACGCUGAGAUUAUUGUCACAGGUGGUCCAGCUAAACCCAUUGAGGUGACGGUUGAAGAGCCUAAAUCUCAGACUGUGAGGGUCGGGUCCACCGUUAACUUCAUCUGUACCGCCAGGAGCAAGUCGCCGGCAUACACACUGGUGUGGACCAGGAAGGGUAACAGGAAGCUUCCCAACCGGGCCACGGACUUUAACGGCAUCCUGACGAUUCAGAACGUCCAGCCCGAGGACGCGGGCGUCUACGUUUGCACGGGCUCCAACAUGUUUGCCAUGGACGAAAGUAGUGCCGUCCUCUACGUGCCAGAGGCCUCACAGACUCAGAUGUUUUACACAGCCUAUGAAAUGUUUGAAGGACACAGAAAGCCCGCAGAGGGGGCCCAACCUAUCGCCACUAUCACCCCCUCGGUGCUAAACGUCCCGCUGGGCCAGCGGGCAGAGUUUCGCUGCACAGUGACUGGAAACCCGAUGCCGGCUAUCGAAUGGAUCGGUGGUCCAGGGAACAGGAUGAGUCCCAGAGCUGUGAUAAGAAACGGCAUCCUCACAUUCCCAGCUGUGGAUCGGGCUGAUGAGGGGGAGUACACCUGCAGGGCCCUGAACACGCACGGCGAGCACACGGCCCGGGCCUCCCUCCAUGUCCAAACCGCAGAGGGGGCCCAACCUAUCGCCACUAUCACCCCCUCGGUGCUAAACGUCCCGCUGGGCCAGCGGGCAGAGUUUCGCUGCACAGUGACUGGAAACCCAACGCCGGCUAUCGAAUGGAUCGGUGGUCCAGGGAACAGGAUGAGUCCCAGAGCUGUGAUAAGAAACGGCAUCCUCACAUUCCCAGCUGUGGAUCGGGCUGAUGAGGGGGAGUACACCUGCAGGGCCCUGAACACGCACGGCGAGCACACGGCCCGGGCCUCCCUCCAUGUCCAAACAAACAACCCCAUUGGCCUUGGCACCCAGCCCCAAGUCCAAGUCAGCCCUCCAAAUGUCAAUAUCCACGAAGGGGAACCCUUGAGGAUGUACUGCAGAGCGACAGGUUCACCCACGCCGAAGCUCACCUGGCUGAAAAACGGUGGCCAGCUCCCCCCACAGGCCAUUCCCUCUCACGGUUUCCAUCAAUUUAAAAGCAACAGUCUCGAUGUGUUACACAGACGUAUUGAGGAGCUGCAGUCCCAAACGGAGCGCACUGACAUCGGCACUCUGUUCAUCCCCAGCGUGAAGAUGUCCGACGCGGGCACCUACAUGUGCGUCGGCAGCAACAGCGUCGGCUCAAACAGCGCACCGAUUCGGGUCGCUGUUAUCAGACCAGAACCAGCCUUUUCAGGUGUUACCAUCCACCCAUCUAUCGCUGAUGUCCAAGAGGGUCAGAGUCUGGAACUGAAUUGCUUUCCUCCCGGAAAUCCUCCUCCAAGAGUCACGUGGACGAGAGCCGGCGGACAGUUCUCUACCAACCAUCAGGUUGUUGGUAGUAAGCUGCGUAUCCUGUCCGCCUCUUCGGAGGACUCAGGAGAGUACAUCUGUCGGGUGCAGGGUGCCGGGAGCCCAGGCUCCCCUGUCCACCAGGCCUCUGUCUCCGUCUCUGUCACCUCAUCGUCCUCACGCCUGCAGAGCCCCAUCAUCGGCAUUGAGCCCCACAGCUCUGCAGUGCGUGUCGGGGAGUCAGCCAGAUUCAGAUGCCAGGUGUACAGUGGAAACCAGCCGGUCAGGCUGGAGUGGAAACGUGCCGACAACCAGCCUCUGGCAGAUAAUGUCAGAGUUAGCCCUGAUGGCUCCGUUCUCACCAUCAGCAACGCUCGCCCAAUGAACCAUGGAGCCUACCGCUGUGUGGCGAGCAACCCGUUCGGCAUCACCCACACCAUAGUGUCUUUGAUUGUUAAAGAGUCUCCAGGGGCCGCAGUGACCCCUGUUGGGCCUGUUCGGGUCAGAGUGGGUGAACCCAUCAACCUGGAGUGCCAAGCUACGGGAGAACCCCGCCCCUCGGUGUCGUGGCACAGACUGGAUAACAACCGGAGGACCACCCUGAGCAGUCCCGUACCCAUGGACUCCAAUGCAGUCAUGCAGAUUCUUGCUGCCCGUCCAGAAGACAGUGGGACAUAUGUCUGUGUGACCCGUAACACUGAAGGCUCCACUGAGACCAAAGUAGAAGUGAUUGUUGAGGGAGGAUCCCAAAUACCCUCAGCGCCCAGGGCCCUGGUUCCUGAACCGCUGAUGGUUGUUGUGGAGGGACGCCCUGCAACUCUGCGCUGUGAUGCCUAUGGAUUCCCCUCCCCGGUGAUCAGAUGGUCCAAGCUGCGCUCCUCUCUGCCUUGGAGGCACAAGGUGGUGAACAACAGCCUGGUGCUUCCAGAUGUCGGCCGACAGGACUCUGGAGAGUACAUCUGCAGUGCCACAAACAACAUGGGAACUAGUGAAGUCACCAUCAUGCUAGAAGUGGAGACUCCUCCUUAUGCCACUUCUGUACCCGAUGAUGUGGCGGUGCGGGUCGGAGAGGUGAUCAGGUUGCAAUGCCUGGCUCAUGGUACUCCUCCCCUGACCUACACCUGGACCAAACUGGAUGGUGUCCUGCCUCCCAGAGCUCAGACCAGCGAAGGAGAUCUCCAGAUCGACCUGGCCACUGCCGAGGACGCAGGAAGCUACAAAUGCGUUGCCAGCAACAGAGUUGGCAACACCGAAGUAGUUGCUAGAGUCACAGUCAGAUCCCCUCUGGCGGUGCGGGUGUCCCCUCAGGUUGAGGUCAAAGCUCAGGGCAGCGCUGUGGAGUUCACCUGCUCAGCAGCUGGAGGUGUAGAAACCAAGAUUGAAUGGCUGAAGGAGGGAGGAGCCUUGCCUCCAAACAGCUACAUAAAUGACGGCGUUCUCAGGAUUGAAAACUUGGAGCAGAGCAACGAAGGCAUUUACAUCUGCAGAGCAAGCAGUGCGUUUGGUCAAGCACAGGACACUGCAAGACUAACCAUUCAAGCUCUGCCAAAGGUGAUGAUUAAUGUGCGCACCUCAAUGCAGACCGUGAUGAUUGGGAACUCUGUGGAGUUCGAGUGCCACGCUGUUGGUGACCCAGAGCCCACAGUCAGGUGGAGUAAAGUUGGAGGCUCUCUUCCAUCACACAUCAUGGUGAAGGAUGGCAUGCUGAGGAUCGAUCAGGUGACCGAAGCGGACGCCGGCCACUACCGUUGUACAGCCACCAACGACGUGGGCUCAGUUCAGUCUCAAGUGCUGCUCAAUGUCCAGUCCCUUCCUCAAAUUUCUGCACUGCCAGAAACAAAGGAGGUGACAGUUGGGUCUGAUGCAGUCAUGCCCUGCUUAGCUUCAGGAUAUCCUGUCCCUGAUAUCAAGUGGACUAAGUCGGAAGGAGAACUUCCUCCUAAGUGCUUCCAGGAGGCCAACGUGCUGACGGUUCCACAGGUCACCCACGAGGACUCUGGCACAUACGUCUGCACCGCCUCUAAUGAGCACGGCAAUGUGGCUGCUUUCACUAAACUUGAAGUCCAUGAGAGAGUGAUGCCAUACUUCGCCCAGGAACCCGUGUCUUACCUCACGCUUCCCACCAUUAAAAAUGCCUAUAAGGCUUUCAACAUAAAGAUCAACUUUAGACCUGAUAAUGUUGACGGUCUCAUAUUGUAUGCCGGCAUGAUCCUCUACAACGGCCAGAGAAGAACAACCGGAGCCGACUUCAUCUCUCUGGGACUUGUGAGCGGACGCUUGGAGUUCAGGUUUGACGUCGGCUCUGGCAUGGCCACCAUACGUGACCCCAACCCCAUUAAACUGGGAGAGUUUCACACGGUGGAGCUGCAUCGCAACCUUACCCAGGGAUCCAUCACUGUGGAUGGAGGGGAGCCCAUCAGUGGAAAAUCACAGGGCAAGUUCCAGGGCCUUGAUCUGAAUGAGGAGCUACAUGUGGGCGGUUACCCCAACUACACAUCAAUCGCCAAAACAGCUGGCAUUAAGACCGGUUUUGUGGGCUGUAUACGUCAGCUGGUCAUCCAAGGAGAGGAAGUCAUCUUUAAAGAACUCGACCGCAGCUCUACCGGGGUCACAAACUGUCCCACCUGCAAAGAUUAUCCAUGCCAGAAUGGAGGAAGGUGUGAGGAUUCAGAAGCCAGCUUGUAUAGGUGCACUUGCCCCAGAGGAUUCACAGGCAGCAAUUGCCAGCAUCACUCAUCUCUGCACUGCCACUCAGAGGCCUGCGGACCUGAUGCUACCUGCAUCAACCGGCCGAACGGCCUGGGCUAUGACUGUCGCUGCCAUCUGGGCAAGUUUGGAAACAAAUGCAUGCAAGGUGAGUUGGUGACGACUCCACUGUUUGACGGGGACGAGUCGUACAUCGCUUACCCACCCCUGACCAACGUCCAUGACGACCUGCGGGUUGAGCUGGAGUUUAAACCCCUGCAAAGGAAUGGCCUGAUGUUCUUCUGCGGCGGUAAAAAAACCAAAGUGGAGGACUUUGUGUCCGUUUCAAUGGUGGAGGGACAUGUGGAGUUCAGAUAUGAACUUGGCACAGGACAGGCACUCCUCCUCAGUCCUCAGCCGGUCUCUCUGGGCCAGUGGCACAGAGUUGUAGCCGAGCGAAACAAGAAGGCUGGCCACCUGAGGGUGGACCAUGGCCCCGUGCAGAGGAUGAUAUCUCCCGGAAAAGCCCAGGGCCUUAAUAUCCACACUCACAUGUACCUCGGAGGAGUGCCGAGCAUGGACAUCCUGCCCAGGCGUGCGAAUGUCACUCAGAUGUUUGACGGCUGCAUAGGAGAGGUUUCCAUCAACAACAAGAAGGUGGACUUGUCCUACAGCUUCACAGAGAGCAAAUCAAUCAGCAAUUGUGUGGACAACAGUCCCUGUGACCGGCGGCCGUGCCUGAACGGUGGGGAAUGCAUGUCCAGCGCAGAGUAUGAGUACCAAUGCCUCUGCAAAGACGGGUUUGAAGGUGAACGUUGUGAGGUGGUGAGAUUUGUGUGCCAGAGCGACAUCCAGUGCCAGAAUGGGGGUACUUGUGUCAACGGCAGAUGUGUUUGCACGGCUGGGCACACAGGCCUCAGCUGCGAGGAAAGCCAGGUCUUCACCUUCGCCGAGGCCCAGCGGAGUUCUGAGAGCAGCGAGGCGAAUGAUUCCCCUUAUCAGUAUGCAGCACAUUUCCAAAAUGAUGGCUACAUUGCCCUUCCUAAAUCAAUUUUCCCAAGAAGUGCCCAUGGCUCUCCAGAGACAAUAGAAAUGGAAAUCAACACCAGCUCCUCUGAGGGCCUGAUCCUAUGGCAGGGAGUGGAGACCAAAGGCGCACGAAAUUUGCGAAAGGUGCAUGCUAGUGAAAAGGUACCUGGAGAACAUGGCAAAGGCAAAGACUUCAUCAGCCUUGGCCUUCAGAACGGACACGUAGUUUUCAGUUACCAGUUGGGAAGUGGAGAAUCAAGAAUAAGAUCGAUAAAGGCCAUCAACGAUGGAAAGUGGCAUAAGAUCACAGCAGCCAGAUUUGGAAAAGAUGGUUACAUUCAAAUCGAUGGAGGAGACAAACAACAUGGACAGUCCAAAGGCAAAAGCCUCAUGGUUAACACCAAAGGCAGCAUAUACCUGGGUGGAGCCCCAGACAUGACGGCCAUGACAGGAGGGAAAUUUUCGUCAGGAAUAACGGGCUGCAUUCGGAACCUGAUGCUGGUGAACGCUCAGCCAGGACCGCAGCCGGCCCAGGCCGUUGAUCUGCAGGUUCACGAUGCCCACAGCGUCAACGUUCAGCCCUGCUCCUCAUAGACACAUAUACACACAGACACACACACACACACACACACACGAGCCCAUACACACACAGAGAGACUAUGGGGUGAUUUCACACACAAGCAGACUCCCCCGGAGAGACUUAACACUCACAGAGCCUGAGACGACCUUGGUGCUUUGCAGCAAAACCACGACACAACUGAUGCUUUUCUGUGUGUGGAUCAAAACCAAAAAAAAAAAAAAGAGAGAAAAAUUUAAAAUGAUAUUAACAAGUCUUCUCUGCCUCAGUGUUGUAUUCUUAAUGGACUGAUGACGGAUGAGUAGUAAGGGUUUCAUACUUCCAGCAGUACUUUUUAGCCAGGAGAGGAUUAGCAGUAAAGCGUAUUAGCCCUUCUAAGAUGGGUCAGAUCCUAUGGAGUUGGAGAUAUUUUGACAGCACUGAAUUUUUUUUUAAUUUAUAUAUAUUUGAAUAUAUAUAAUAUUUGUGGGGGUAAAAAAAAACAUGCAAACUAACAUUACGACUGCUCUCGAUCUUUCCUAGAAUUUGUUCUGGGUUCUUAUACUGUGUGUCGGAGGCUUUUUGUAGGCCUAACUCUACUGUUACUUGAAAAUAUGUAGGCCUUUUUUAAUUUUCUUUACUUCUGUAGGAAAAAGCUUUAUCUGCGAGCAUGCUUGCCAAACUGGUGGGAGAUGAGCACACACGGUCACAGUCACAUGCAACUCCACUAACACAACUCAGGAUGCCAAAUACACACGGAUAACCCCGAUUGAUUGUUACAAGUAUGACUGUUUAUUUCAUUGUUUUGCCUUUUUUUUUUUUUCAUUUUUAUGAAAUUCACAACACUCUUUAUGUCUUCUCUUUCUGUAUUUGUUUUCUUUUUUUGUUUGUUGUUGUUGGAAGAAAUAAAACUUGGUGCUAACUUUCCGACAUGAAGAUGCAGCAUGUGCCUCUGUCAAGUGUAGAGGUCUUGUUAUAAUUCGGCUUUAUUUGUGAUAAAAAAAAAUAAUAAUCAAAAAGCAGUUGUUGUUUUUUUUUUUUUUUGUUGAUAUGCAUGAAAUCUGACGUUGAUCUAAGAUGUGGCAUGGUUUGUUGCUUCCAUUUGCCUUUUAGGAUUGAGUAGAUCUCAAAGUUAGUUAAAAACUUUAAAAAAGUUGUCUUUUUUUUAAUGUGUGGUUGUUGAAUAUGUUAUUUCAUGUGUUAAACUAUCUGCCAGUCAGGUAGACAACCAUGUCAGCCAAGAAAGCGUGUGUAUUCAAAGAAAAUGUGUCGUUGGAGUAUGUUUUCCAUGUAUCCGUUUCCUGCAGCUCACUCCCCCUUUAGGCCGAGUGUGUUUAUGUGUCCGCCUCCAUAUCCUCGUGACGGCCAACCCGGGACUGCCUGCCUCGGGCUUUCACCGUAAAGUCAGGUUUGGUUGCUUUAGAUUCAACAUGGAGAGCUAGAAACCUCUGUUGGUUCUGUUGGUUCCUUUCUCUGCAGAGAUAGAUUCAUCUGGAGCAGCUCACAGCUAGAUUCAUGUUUGGUCAGAAGAAACCUCCUGCAGGGAGCUGUGAUCCGUAGUGGAGCUCUAAUAAGCAUGCUUGCACACUUUUGUUCCCCCCCCCCCCCCCCCAACCACAUGGCAAACCACAACGACACAAUUAUUUUGGGGUUGAAAAAUCUUGUUUUUUUCUUACUGUUAGCUGAAAAUGUGUUUAGAUAAUCCUAAAAUGAGCAUCCUUUCACUUCAUUUUAUUUAUUUUCUUGCAUUCUGCGUUCAAGCGUUCACUGCUUCGGUUGAUUGAUUAGCUUUCUAAUAUCUGGAGUUGUUGUUUUGUCUCCCACACUCUGUUGUCGUUCAAAUUGCCCACAAAAAUCAUUUGUAAUUGACUGGAGCGUCCCCAAAACCAGUGGAUAAAAACUGAUUACAAAAUCUUUACAUGAUUGCAUGAGAUUGGUGUUAUCAUGGAAGAGUGGACUAAGAAGAGGAAGAGCUGCGGUCCAGCGGUGGUUGUUGGCUGCCUCUUUGGUGUCUGACAUUAAACUGGAUUGUCACACAUUUGUCAAGAAACAGUUGUUUUAUUUUUGGUUUAAUGUUUUUUUUUUUUUGUUUUUUUUUACCAUGACUACUGCAGAAAGGUCUAUUUUAAGUAAUUAUGUUGGUUUAAUGGGAAAAAAGGCUUUUUUUUUUUUUACUUCAGAAUAAUACCAAAUUCACUAUCAAGCUUAAUUGAAGUACUGGAAUUCAAUGUUGAUGUCAUUAAGAUCUAACUGUUUCAUUGCCCAUUUUGGAACGAUUCUCCCGUUCACUUUGUUUCCUAAAUAAAAACAAAAUUCAUGCGCCAUUUG